GGAGGUUCUAAAGUCUCAGUGGCUCCCCGAACCGGCCUCGGACAGCGCUGACACUGGGCGCCCGCGGCGGAACCGAACCACCCUCUUGCGUUCCCCUGGCCCCCGACCCCGCGCGCUCUCUCUUUCUCUCCCGCGCUCGCCCUCUGGCCCUCUCGCGGGACGCGCGCUCCCGUUGGCUCCGGACCUGGUGUCUGAGCCGCCCGGCGAGAGGAGAGUGGUGGGGGGUUGGGGGCCGCCCUCAGCCCACGGAGGCAGUGGGAACCUGGCGUCCGAGGCCGGGCAGGGUCUCCGUGCCCCGCGGAGUGAGCUGUGAUUGGAGGAAGAGCCGGUGCCGUCCGACCCCGGCAGGUGCAGAACCGGUGCCUCCAUUCCGCUCCGCGCGCGGAGCAGCGCGCCCAGGGUCCCGAAACGCCCGCAGGCGCCCGGCCGCCGAGCGUGCGUCCUUUCGGAUGCAAACGCCUGUGUUCUGGGCGCCUGACGCCACCAGGAGGGCAGCGAGGCCUCAGGUAUCUAUUACACCAUUCUUUGGCAAAGGCUACUCAACACUGGUGACCCCUUCCAAUCCAACACUCUACAAAUUAUUGUCUUUGGACUCCCAGCUGACACCCUGCCGGAGGCAAGAACUACUAAGCCAACUGGAACUGUGCCUUUUCUCUUGUCAAGGUUUUUUUCUUACACAGGAAAAAGAAAGAAAAAAAAAGAUGAAGUUGGGCAAAGUGGAGUUCUGCCAUUUUUUGCAGCUAAUAGCUCUUUUGCUGUGCUUCUCUGGAAUGAGUCAAGCAGAACUCUCAAGGUCCAGAUCAAAGCCGUAUUUCCAAUCAGGAAGGUCACGGACCAAGCGCAGCUGGGUGUGGAAUCAGUUCUUUGUGCUGGAAGAAUACAUGGGUUCAGACCCCCUCUAUGUAGGAAAGCUUCACUCUGAUGUUGAUAAAGGCGAUGGUUCCAUCAAAUACAUCUUGUCAGGCGAAGGGGCAAGUUCCAUUUUCAUUAUCGAUGAGAACACAGGGGAUAUUCAUGCUACCAAGAGACUGGAUCGAGAGGAGCAGGCCUACUACACACUCAGAGCUCAAGCGCUGGACAGGCUUACCAAUAAACCAGUGGAGCCUGAGUCCGAGUUUGUUAUCAAAAUUCAGGAUAUCAACGACAAUGAACCCAAAUUUUUGGAUGGCCCGUACACAGCAGGAGUUCCAGAAAUGUCUCCUGUGGGGACUUCAGUGGUACAAGUGACAGCCACAGAUGCUGAUGACCCUACUUAUGGAAAUAGUGCUCGUGUUGUCUACAGCAUUCUGCAAGGACAACCCUACUUCUCAGUGGAACCAAAGACAGGAGUCAUCAAGACCGCCCUUCCAAACAUGGAUAGAGAGGCUAAAGACCAGUAUUUGCUUGUCAUUCAGGCAAAGGAUAUGGUUGGGCAAAAUGGCGGACUGUCAGGGACAACUUCAGUCACUGUGACGCUAACUGAUGUCAACGAUAACCCACCUCGCUUUCCUAGAAGGUCUUACCAGUAUAAUGUCCCAGAGUCCUUGCCGGUAGCCUCGGUUGUGGCCAGAAUUAAAGCUGCUGAUGCGGAUAUAGGAGCUAAUGCGGAAAUGGAAUACAAAAUUGUGGAUGGUGAUGGACUGGGGAUUUUCAAGAUAUCUGUUGACAAAGACACACAAGAAGGAAUCAUUACUGUACAAAAGGAACUGGAUUUUGAAGCCAAAACAAGUUACACGCUACGCAUAGAAGCUGCAAAUAAAGAUGCUGACCCUCGCUUUCUGAGCUUGGGGCCAUUCAGUGACACCACAACUGUGAAGGUAAUUGUGGAGGAUGUGGAUGAGCCCCCCGUGUUUUCUUCACCCCUGUACCCUAUGGAGGUGUCAGAAGCCACCCAAGUUGGGAAUAUCAUUGGCACAGUGGCAGCUCAUGACCCAGAUUCUUCCAACAGCCCUGUGAGGUAA